AUGCGACAGUGCCAUCGGUGCCACCACUAAUACACAACUAUAAAAGUCGUCGAAUAGCAAUAAUAAAUAGGAAUAGUUAUAGAUUUGUGCAUUUAUUUUCGUUCGUUAUUUGCGUUCCAAUCGACCGUGGGUCCCAGUGAGCCAACUGCACCUGCACCCAAAGCGGAAGCUGAGCGAAAAGGUGUUUCAUUUGGCGUGCGCAUUUCGCCACCUUUGUCAACGCUGAUUCUUAUUUGGUGGACCGACGACCAGCGCACUCGCGCACACACACGUACCAAUAUAACAGACACUGAAGUGUGUGUGGAAGGGGCAGACAAACAACCGUGCGAUAACAACAACAAUCGGCAGUGAUCGCGGCGAGAAAUGGAAAUGGCCAACAACAUGAUCAGCAGCAACAGUGGCGGCGGCGGGAGCAGCAACACCACCACCUACGGCAACAACAGCUACAACAACAGUACGGUGGACAGUGGACACAGUUCGCAGAGUGGCGGUGGCGGUGGCGUAGGCGGCGGUGAGGGAUCGGGAGCGGGAGCGCGCCUUCGGGAUGUUUGUACCAUUCUGAACACUGGCCCCGCCGCCUACCAAAUUCCAACAGGUGGCUGUGCUUACGACCACAUUAUCGCCCUGAUGAGGAGCCUCGAUCUGCAGGACGAUGGCAUCGUGCUGAACUCCAAGAUCAAGACCAUCGAGACGGACUUCUGCAACAUAGUGCGCGACGAGUCGAUGCUUUGUGAGUCAAUGGAGUACCUGAACGACAAGGCGCUCUGCGAUGGUGAUACGGCGCUAAAGUUCGCCUUGCUCUUCUCGUCGCGAAACUUUGACGCACUGGCAAUGAAGGAGACGAAGGUGCGCAGCGCCAUGCUCAAGAUUCUGGAGACAAACUUCCUCAACGCGGACGCGUAUCGGCUGCACGACAAGAACCGGCUGUACAACUCGAUCACGCUGCUGGGUGAAUACUACCACAGGGUAAGGCUGGCGGACAAUAACCCGAUCACCAUUUUGGGUGAGUCCCUGCUGGACUUGCUUACCCGCGAGCUGAACGACACGUCGGUGGUGCUGGGCACUCGGAUCGCCCGUCUGGUGCUUUCACAGAUCACGCUGAAUGGAGAGAUCAUGCGCAAAAGGCACAAGGUCGAGAUUGACCUACUGCUCUUCCACAUACGCCGGCAUUUGAUCAUGCAGCCCGCGCUGACCGCUAAGGUGAAGGCCAUGCUACUGAUGGUGCUGGACCUCUUUUACAGCCACUUUAAAAAUAUCGGCCACGACCUGGAGGCAAUGUACACCAACUUCUUGGUGGUGGAAGAUGGCGAAGAGGAUGGGGUCAACAACAACGGGUCCGGGCCCCAGGACCUCGCCGAAGAUGGCCGCUCACAGCAACUCCAGCAUCAACAGUCAGAGAACGGCAGCAGCGCCAACACCUCCGCCCAGGAUCAGGGCUUUGAUCCGCGUCCGUCGGCAAAGAAGUGGAGCGAACAGGUGUGCGAGGAUUCCUUUUGUGAGAUUGGCUACGGUGAGGCGGAUCAAGGCGACGAUAGAUACUCAGAGUCUGGACUCUCGUAUCCAGGUAGCAACUCUGCUUCACUCGGCCACCGUCGUCGCGGAUUUCAACCUCGUCAAGUACCGCGUCCUCUGAAGUCGCAUCAGGCACAACAGCAUCAGCAACACCAACAACCGGCCAGCAUAGACGCCAACUCCGACCAGUAUCCAUCCAUGGCCAGCAGCGAGGAUCGGGACGAGAGCAAGCCGCUCCCUAGCUGGCGGAAGACACGCUUCAACCGCAAUCACGACGGCGACCAGAGCAACGGACGGUCGCGCGACCAACAGCGGCGGUACAGCGUGAGCGCCGAGGAUGACCACCACAGCGUUCGGAGCGAAGGAGGCGGCAACCUGCGACUGUACAGCAUCCACGACCGGAGGAAACAUUCGCAGGAACGCAUCGAACGCAAUAUGACUGGCGGUGGCAACUACAACAGUAUCGUUAACUCGAAUUGGGAUCAAAGGGAUCGCGAUGAUCGCAGUGAGCGCUCUUAUAUCAGUAACUACGAGCGCGGAAACAACUAUAAGCGAGGUGGGCGAUUUAACAACCGCAACACCUACGACAAACCGCCAAGAUUCCAGAAACAACAACAACAACAGCAGCAGCAUCUGCAGCAACAGCAACACCAGAGCGGCAACCACAAAAUACACAGCGAUACCUGGCGGCGCUCCAACAAUGCGAUAAACAGUGGCUACCAGGACGAGAACUGUGCGUACAACUCCAACGGUCCGGAAUCGAAUAGUCGCAGCUCCUCUAGGGCUCGCACUCUGCCGAGGCCGCCAAAGUCGCAAAUGGAUAAAUCCGGUGGCUAUAGGUAUAAUCAGAGCCCCACGCAUGCAGGCGGUGGGCCUCGAUUCCCGCGUUACAGUAGCCAAAGCAGUUUGGCCAGCGAAGCGUCCAGCUCGUUUGAUCGUCGCCAACAGACAUCGCCCCAAAAUCAGCAACAGCAUCCGCACCAGCGGCACCGCCAUUUCACACGCCGCUCCCAGCCAGACAUCCAUCAGCCGCAGAACGAGGAGAACUGGCAGGGGCAGGAUAAGGGGCAGCCAGCAUCUGGAAAGGAGGAAAGCGAGCUGGUGCGAAAUGCCCAGCAAACCACCAAGUACAUGAACUAUUUGUCAGCCCAGAAAUGAGACUGUCGGACCGGUGUCCAGGCAGCAAAUAAAAAUCUAGUUUAUACACUUAAUGAAGUCAUCCCUCAGCCACAUCCGCAUAUACUUAAAUUGUCCUUCAAGUCUGUUUGGAUGUUUUUCGUUGCACCCCGCAUUGUUUUGCCGUUUCCUAAUGGAUGUGUAUAUCCACGUAGACUGUUUUCUUUUUAUUUUGUCUUUAACUGAGCUCAAAUGUUAAACCAAUACGAAGCAAUUUAGACCAACCACAAAACUGAUCCAACUCAAAUCCAGGCUCAAACAAUAUUAAACAUGCAUGCAUUACACAUCGGAGCCAAUCAAUUUGUAAAUAGCAAUUAUAUAUAUAAAUGUCUUAUGUAGUCACACACAAACCACACCACAUAAACACUCCCACACAAAAUACAGUCACACACUCAUUUUUAUAUUUAUAUAUACAAACUGUUUAGAAACUAAGUACAAAGUCAAUGAAACAACAAAAAUAAUCCUAUUUCUAUUGAAAAGUAAAAGCCUGUUGGUAAAAUGUUAAAAGCAUGUUGAACAUAAAAUUUGUAUUUUAGCUAAAUAUAUACUUAUAUAUUAAAUGUCAUGUUAUAGUGCAGGCAAUCAGCCGAUUUAUUAAACGAAUUAUACAAGCUUACGUAUUUUUAAAGCAUAUUUUGUGAGGCCCUCUGUUGGAACAACAAAGCCAAGCCGGAGUGCAGAGAGAAACAUGAAUUGUAGAGUUAAACGAGUAGUCUUAUAUAGAUACUUAAACCUCUUUGUUUAGGUAUAAUCAAUAUGUUCGCAACAUGCGUAGGUUCAAAACACUAAUCAGAAUAUACAUAGCGCCUAACACAUUUUGAAUAAAAAAAUUACAUCAUUAUUAAUUAA